GAACAAUCUACGGCUGGAAUGAUUAACUUUUAGGCUGAGUGGCUUGGGACUUCCAAGAACAAUAUCAAGAACGCAGGGAGGAUUCCAUCGUGGCCAUUGGCAUCCCUUUGCUUCGAUGAGUCUAUUCUUGUUAAACCCUGGUAUACAUCAGAAUCUCUGAACAUUGGCGUGUGUUGCAUCAAGCUACUUGCCAUGGCGACAUCCGGCUUGUUCUCGAAGCCUAUGCCAGCAUAUUUUCGUCAAACGACUAAGCUUCUGGAUGCUUUAGAGACUGAAACCUCGAUGCUCCAAAGUGCGACCAUCAGUGAAUGUUUACCAUUGCUGACAGCUGUGGAAGACCCCUCGCGGAGUCCAUUUGACUUCAAUGAAUUUGGGCUGCCGAGUUUGGAGAAAGAAGAGCACAUCCAGUUCUUGCAAGAGAACCUGGCCGAACUUCCGGCUCCAUUCGUUGGCAUCGAUGCUAGCCGCCCAUGGAUGGUAUAUUGGGCACUGCUAGGUCUUCAUUUAUUGGGAGAAGAUGUGUCUCUGUUUCGUUCCAGGGUCGUCAAAACAUUCUAUUCGAUGCAAAAUACGACCGGGGGCUUCGGGGGUGGCUUUGGCCAGUACUCACAUUUAGCUGGAACAUAUGCAGGUCUGCUGAGCCUGGCACUUGUCGGUGGGGAGGAAGCUUACUCGUUGAUCGACCGCAAAGCAAUGUGGCAUUGGCUCGGCCGGCUGAAAGAGAAGGAUGGCGGUUUCCGGAUCUGCGAAGAGGGUGAGGAAGAUGUCAGAGGAGCAUACUGCGCCUUGGUUGCUCUCUCAUUGUUAGGUCUGCCUCUUUCGUUGCCGCCUGAUUCGCCGGCCCGUGAGGGUGGCUUUGAACUGUUUACGGAUGGGUUGGGCGAAUACCUCUCCCGUUGUCAAACCUACGAAGGCGGGAUUGCGAGCUCACCAGGGAGUGAAGCUCAUGGGGCCUACGCAUUUUGCACCAUUGCCUGCUUGUGUCUUCAUGGGGCGCCCCAUGACAUGGGUCGCUUUCUUGAUAUGGACGGGCUUCUAUCAUGGCUCUCUGCCCGGCAAUAUGCUCCUGAAGGCGGCCUUGCUGGUCGGACGAACAAGCUCGUUGAUGGGUGUUAUAGUCACUGGGUGGGAACUUGUUGGCCGCUGGUAGAGGCAGCUUUGGACGGCCCUCAAGACCCCAUCAAAGGCGUUGGCAGAAUCGUGAUUGAAAACCUCUACAGCAGUGAAGGUCUCGCAAGAUACAUACUUUGCUGCUGCCAAGGUCCUGAAGGUGGACUGAGAGACAAACCAUCAAAGUUGCCUGACUCUUACCACACUUGCUACAAUCUGGUUGGGUUAAGUAACAUUGAACACGCUCACACAUAUGCCAACGCAGAAAGUUCAGACCCCUUUGCAUCCGCCUUCACCUGGGAAGCGGCUAGAGCGCAAACACGGAGUGAAGGUGACCCGGCCUCCAUUUUCGAGACGGGUGCUCAGGUCAGAAGUCUCAACCCUGUCUUCGUGAUACCACAUGAUCGUGCCCUCAAGAUGCGCACUUGGGCAGCUGCCAGACCUCUUGAGCCUGCACGAUGAGAUAAGGAGCUGGCGUGGUACAACUGUCAUGCUCGGGCGGGCUUCUGGUC